UAGAGCUGUCCUUUUCUAAAAAGCCUUCAUUUUUGAGUCAUUCUGAAUACGAGGAGUGUGCCCAUUUUCGGACAAUUUUCUUCGCCGCGGAACACCGCCACAGAACAAUAAUAUUUGCCAACUCCGACCGACGCAGCAAAACAAUUAUCUCGCCAACCCCAGACCAUUUCCCCUCACCAUUGUCUCGAGCUCAACGCUACCCUCCCUCGGUUUGGAAUCAAGUCCAAUGGCAGAAGACCAGUCGGUACAAGUCCCCCGAUCGGAAGCCGCUUCCAACCAGAGCCGCGGGGGCCGUCGACGUGGGCGAGGCGGCGGGGCUCACCAGCAGCGGCACACAGAUGCCCAGCACCCAGACGACGGCCGAGCUAACAUCUCUGGCAGGGGAUCGAGACCCAGAGGGCGUGGCGGACGAGGAGGACGUGACAGGCAAAAUCUCGCACAGAAUACCAAGCCUGGUCCACAAGAAUCGGGUGGUGGGAGUGAUGGUAAAGGGAAAAGCCAAGAGGCCGUCGCAAAUAGCACGGAGGAUGCAGAUGACAGAGAAGUUUGCUUCAUCUGCGCCUCCGAGGUUGAGCAUAUUUCCAUCUCACCCUGCAACCAUCGCACUUGUCACAUCUGCGCGUUGAGAUUGAGGGCUUUGUAUAAGACCAAAGCUUGUGCACACUGUCGGACGGAAUCGGCCUUUGUGAUCUUUACGGAUGAUCCCAUAAAGCGGUUCGAGGCUUUUACACCGGCGGACUUCGCGCGGACGGAUGAAAAUCUGGGCAUCAAGUACGAAAAGGACGAGAUCUUUGAGGAUACAGUGCUGUUGCUGCGAUAUAAUUGUCCGGACAAAGACUGCGAUGUGGCUUGUCUAGGAUGGCCGGACCUUCAUCGACAUGUCAAAACUAAACAUGGAAAGGCUAUGUGUGAUCUCUGCACGAGGAACAAAAAGGUGUUUACGCAUGAGCACGAGCUCUUCUCCAACGCAGAACUGCGAAGACAUGAAAAAUACGGCGAUGACGUUCCCGGGGCUGUCGAUCAGAGUGGCUUCAAAGGACAUCCGGAAUGUGGCUUUUGCCGCCAGCGGUUCUAUGGAGACGACGAACUGUAUGCUCAUUGUCGUGACCGGCAUGAACGGUGUCACAUUUGCGAUAGAAGGUCUGGCAACCGCCAACAGCAGUACUACAUCGACUACAAUGCCCUUGAAGAUCACUUUCAAAAGGAACAUUUUCUGUGUUUGGACAAGGAAUGCUUGGAAAAGAAGUUUGUUGUAUUUGAGUCUCAGAUGGACUUGAAAGCGCACCAGUUGGAAUGCCAUCCAAAUGGACUCUCCAAAGAUGCCAGGCGUGAUGCCCGUAUUGUGGAUAUCUCAACUUUCGACUACAGAACCCCAUACCAACCGCAACGACAGCGUCGUGGAGCUGGUCGGGGACGCGAUCCCAACUCGGAACCACUUCCCACAUCUAGUGCACAGCCGCUACGAAGAGAUGAAAUCGCCUACCAGAGACAAAUAGCAAUCCAAAGUGCGCAAUCAGUCUCAACCCGGAGCUUUGGCGGCCAACUCACACGUAACGACACUCAAACUGUCCGCGCUCCUGCUCGGACUAUUUCUACUCUUCGAUCAUCUCCACCAACACAGCAACUGCAGAGCCUCAGCCUUACAUCCGAGCCUACUGUCCCGGACACACCUCAGGCUCAGGCUCGUCAACUGCGCCAUGCGGCUGUGAUCGAGCGAGCAUCUAACCUCUUGCAUAAUGACCAGACCAAACUUGCCGAGUUUCGAGCACGCGUCUCCAGUUACCGCACCUCUGCGAUUUCCGCUACCGAGCUUAUCGACGCUUUCUUCUCUCUUUUCGAUACUUCAAGUUCUGAGCUAGGAAAGCUCAUCAAGGAACUCGCAGACAUCUAUGAGGAUGAAUCAAAACGCAAAGGGCUGCUGAAAGCUUGGAGUGAUUGGCGUGCUAUAAAUGAAGACUACCCAGCUCUCCCGGGACCCGGUGGCAUCAUCCCAGGGAUGUCUCCCGGUACAGUUUCCGGUGCAGGAGCUGGUGCAGGAGUAGGGAAGCGCGUGUUGCGUCUCAAAUCUUCCACGGCACAAUCCUCCCGAUCAGCUGUUGGUAGGGGUAGCUCUCUGCUCACAUCUUCCUCAUCCCCCUAUAACCCCUUUCCUCCUCUGUCAUCUUCUUCAACAGCCCCCAGAUCGACACCCGCCACGACAACACCGUGGGUUCAUUCAACCUCUCGGGUUGGGGUACCAACAUCUUCAGCUCCAGCUGCCUCCAGCCGCCCGUCUCCCGCUAGAAAUAUCAAUAGCAACACAAGUCCAGGAAAUACCGGUGAGGCCUUCCCUGCUCUCCCCGCCGCUCCCAAGCCUAGCGUUCUAAUGGCCGGUCUCACUCGCGGGACCGUCCGAUGGAACGAUCGUCGCGGUCCUACACCGAAUGCUUGGGCGGGAGGCUCAAAUUCGACCGCACCCGAGCCCGCGGAUUUGGAUUGGGAUUCUUCAACAGGUGGGAAGAAGGGCAAGGGAAAGAAGGGGAAACAGACGCUUUUCCAUUUUGGAUGAUUGCAUUCCAUUCAUCAUGUUGAUUAGUUACCCCGUCUUUCUUGCUGGUCGAUGAUGGAUUGAAAAUGGGUAACUCUUUUACAUUCUCGGUGGGGCGUUUAGGAUUUCCUGAAAAAACCCAGCUACGUAUAGGUAAAUAGCUACCUAGCUGUGCCACCCCUUUUGUAUGUAUUUAGAUGAUCUACGAAGUCGGCCAUAUAACCUCUGGUUAAUACCUAGGACAUACAUCUUCGUGUUUUGGACUAGGGGCUGUCUAGGUCAUUGGAAAAAAAAGGAAAAAGUCAAAAUAGAAAUAAACAUAAUAUUAUAAGUGCCAUAGCCCGCCAUAGUCAAAUAUUC